AUGGGAGAAUCUUCUGCGGCUCCUGUCUUGCGCAAGUCUGACGACGACAUCGCUAAUGGCGCGGAUUCCGGCGGACCUUCCCAACGCCAGACGGGUGGUGACAUUCUCGAAUCAAAUGUCGAUGUACUCAUCAUUGGUGCCGGUCCAGCAGGGCUGAUGGCAGCUGCGUGGAUGGCUCACUGCGGUAUCAAGACGCGCAUUGUCGACAAGAGGAAUACAAAGAUUUUCUCCGGCCAGGCAGACGGACUACAGUGCCGUAGCUUAGAGAUCUUCGAUAGCCUUGGGUUCGCUGACAGGGCUUGGAAGGAGGCUAAUCAUAUGAUCGAGAACCCCGGCCAGGAUGGUGUGAUUCGACGGUCGGAUAGAAUUCCAGACACCAUCGUGGGCCUCUCGCGAUUCCAGCAGAUCGUCCUUCACCAAGGUAGGAUCGAGCGGUUCUUCCUCGAUAACAUCAAAAAGUUUUCCAAAGAUACGAUUCAAGUCGAGCGUGGCGUCCUACCUACCUCAUUGGUGAUUGAUGAGACCAAAGUAGAAACCAACGAUGGUUAUCCUGUGACGGUCUCCCUUCAGCACCUCACUGAAGAAGACUCUACUCCGAAACAGCAAGUGAGCGGGAGCAAGGUGCCAGACGGGCUCUUCAGAAGUAACCUUGCUCAGGAUGAUGAAGCAGAUCUCCUCAGCGAACGCAAACCUGGAUCCGGAAAUGUUGAGAUAGUUCAUGCCAAGUAUGUACUUGGCUGUGACGGUGCUCGGAGCUGGACGCGGAAACAACUCGGGUUUGAACUGGAGGGCGAAGCCACGGACUUCAUCUGGGGCGUGAUGGAUAUCAUACCUAUCACUGAUUUUCCCGACAUUCGUAUGCGAUGCGCUAUCCAUUCGGCUGACAAUGGCAGCUUGAUGGUUAUUCCGCGAGAGAAUAAGUUGGUUCGACUGUAUAUUCAGCUGAAAGAAGUCACACCGGAUGCGUCUGGCAGAGCAGACCGAUCCAAGAUCACCCCUGAUAUGAUCUUCAGAGCCUCAAGGAAGAUUCUACAUCCGUACAAGCUAGACUACGAGUAUUGCGACUGGUGGACCGCAUAUCAAAUCGGUCAACGUGUUGGUAACGACUUCUCUUCCCACAACCGCGUCUUCCUGGCCGGUGACGCCGUCCAUACACAUUCUCCGAAGGCCGGUCAGGGAAUGAACGUCUCCAUGCAAGACACCUUCAAUCUCGGAUGGAAAGUUGCCUUGGUUGCCAAGGGCAUCGCCAAGAGGACCAUCCUCUCCACCUACGAGACUGAGCGGCGCCAGGUAGCUCAAGACCUCAUUGAGUUUGACCACCGCUUCAGCAGGCUCUUUUCUGGGCGACCAGCCAAGGAUGUUAUGGACGCAGAAGGCGUCUCGAUGGAAGUGUUCAAGGAUGCCUUUUUGAAAGGCAACUUGUUCGCGAGUGGCCUCUCCGUCAACUAUGGCGCAAGUGAUCUUGUUAUAAAGAAAGAGUCUGAUGAGUUGUUAGCCAAGGGCCUGCCAGUUGGGAUGCGUUUCAACAGCUUCAAGGUUCUCAACCAGGCUGACGGCCGCCCUUGGCACUUCCAAGAGAGGUUGAGAGCAGACGGUCGCUUCCGCGUUGUGUUGUUCGCCGGGAAUGUUCUUAAUCCAGUGCAGAAGGAGCGGGUCCGCAGGUUCUGCACGGAUCUUGAUGGGUCUGGUAGCUUCCUUCGAAAGGCUACUCCUCCGGGUGCUCCAAUCGAUAGUGUCAUCGAGAUACUGACUAUCCACGCCUCAAAGCGGAUUGAGACAGAACUGCUGAAAGACUUCCCCGAAAUUUUACAUCCCUUCGACGAGCACAUUGGUUGGGACUACGAUAAGGUUUUCGUCGAUGAUGAAAGCUACCACGAAGGUUUUGGGGAUGCUUACAGAAACUAUGGUGUAGACAAAGAGCGUGGCUGCGUGGUAGUUGUCCGACCAGACCAGUAUGUGGCCUGGGUUGGGAGACUUGAGGACUUCACUGGUAUACAGGCAUAUUUUGAGGCAUGUUUGGAGCUUGGGGGUAUAUAUAUGUAGAUAAAUAGUUACCAGAUGCUUACAUCAAUGCUUUUCUUUUCC